UCUCCCUCUCAUUCUCUCUCCCUGAAACUUUGAUGGAUCAGGUUAUUUUGUUCGCUAGUUCUAAUGGAACUCUUUCACUCUUUCUGCAUCCAGUGUUAUUUCAACACCUUCCUUUGAUUGCAACCGCUUGAACAGCGUCACAAAACACAGGAGGUCCUAAUGCUAAUUUAAGGUAAGAGUUUUUCAACAGUUAAACAAUUUCCUCUAAUAUCAGAAACUGUAGGAGGUCUUGGGAAAACUUGCUUUACAUCCUCCUCUCACACUCUCCUCCCACCACUUCCUCUUCGGUCUCAAGCCAAAGGCAUCUCCUUAUUUCUUUCUCUCCCAGGACCGGACAGUUCAAGGCCCACAGCCCAGUCGUUCACCCUAGGAAUCCUUGAGGUAUUUGGGCCAGGAAUCAGAGAUUCUACCCUUAGGAGAGCGGGGUGGUGGUGAGUAUUAUGCUCUGUAGUACGAACGCCGUUCAGGUCACAGUUGUCUCGGUUAUUUGACGCGUGAAAUAGUCUUAUUUGAUGCAUCAAAUAGUGUUAUUUGACGUGUUCAUUUUGACACACAAGACCUGAACGGCCUUCCGUACUGUAGUAGAUGUUUGGGGUUAAGAGCUAGCCUAAAGCCUGGGAUACAGACAGUCACUUGUAAAUGUUUAGUUACUACACUUCUGUAGAGAACAGGAUAUAAUACAGAUGUAGGAUCUUAAUUUGAUCACCCUGUUGCUGGAGAACUUUCCUGCAAUGCAGGAAAUUUAAACGUUUGUAAUCUCCAUUUUGAAAUGUAUCAACCCCUACAAAAACGUCCAUUAAUUAUAAUCCACAUAAUAAUUAAAAUGUCCUGUUGUUGCAGGAUUAUUUUUUCCUGCUGUAGCAAACUGGCUCAAAUUAAGAUCCAACAUCUGUAUUAUAUCCAGUUCUCUACAGAAGUGUUUGUGUUAUUGUAGAGCUUUAUGUUGGUCUGUCCUCUGUUGAAUAGUGUUAUUAUGAGAAUAGAGGAGUUGUUAAAAUGAGUGUGUGUUGAAAGGGAGUGUCUUUCUGUUAUCUACAGUUAGUCAUGUGGAAAUCCUUGUCAGGGUGUGGCACUGGUUGUGUACUUUAAUUGUGGAUGUGUGUUCAUAAACAUGUAUGUGUGUGUGUGUGUGCGUGUGUGUGUGUCACGAGGUAGGAUGUAAAUGUGACGUGCAUUUAUAUGCUCUUUUGCGUACGUGCAUAUGUGCUUGAAUGUUUUUGUGCAAACAUACGUGCCUGUUUGUACAUGUGUGCAUGCGUGUGUUUGAGAUAGAUGGUGUGUGUGCUCUUGAGUGCUCAUCCAUAGAGAUGGAUGACUUGCUGUGAGGGCCGAUGAGAAGGCACAGAGCUGGAGGAGAAUGACUGGCCUUAUCUACUCUGAGUAGGAGCCAACUCAGGGUAGAGUUCACAGGAGGUUGGAGGCACUUUAUAAUAAUAUAAUAUGCCAUUUAGCAGACGCUUUUAUCCAAAGCGACUUACAGUCAUGCGUGCAUCAUUUUGUUUUUUUUGUGUAUGGGGUGGUCCCGGGGAUCGAACCCACGACAUUAGGCGUUACAACGCCAUGCUCUACCAGCUGAGCUACAGAGUGAGUGUAAUGGUAUCAAAAACAGCCAACACAAGGUUUCCAUGUGUUUGAUGCCAUUCCAUUUACUCUGUUCCAGCCAUUAUUAUGAGCCGUCCUCCCGUCAGCAGCCUCCACUGACACACAACCUCAUACACACUGUAUGUUUACUAUACAGACUCACAACUUAAUAUAGGUUGAAUAUACAGUUACAGUACAUCAUUUCAUGCUACAGAAAAACACAACCAUACUAACAGCUUUACUGUACAAUACAGAUACACUACUUCAGAAUGUAGAUGUAUUAUACACUACAAGAACAGAUGCACUACUUCAUCCAUGUCCAAGUACACCAUUUUGAUAAUGUGAAAGCUUUAGUAGGCUAUCCAGAGGCUUUUAUCAAAUCAAUGAGAGGAGAGACAGAGCAACAUAGGGAGGGAAGCACAGGGGAGUCCACGAUCUCAAGGCAACGUUUACAACAUUAAUCCUUCGUAAUGGGUUUAUACAGCAGCCAGAUAACAUAUAGCUAGCUUCAAUUUCCAACCUUACUUAUAACCGAGUGAUGAACGAGACUUGGGAGUAUUAACAGUUAAGUAUUAACAGGUCAUUAGCAGGGUUUCUUCAUCCUAGAUCUGGGGACCCACAGAGGUGCACAUAUUUGUUCUUGCCAAUCACUAACACCACCUGAUUCAGCUAGUAAAAUGCUUGAUACUACGUUGAUUUGUUUAAACAGGUGGGUUAGUAAUAGGCUUAUAGUAGUACAGAGUAGUACAGACUAAUGAGGGACAGUGGUCUCUACGGUUUCUCUCCAUGCUUGAGUUGAGGUUAACUCUCUUCUGGGAAGCCUGAUCUUCAAAGACAGAUGGUCGUAGGAUAGUCACACACAGUUGAGAGAUGAGGAUAAACAUAAUAGAUUUCCAUUUCCCCCUUAGUAUUCUACAGCAAUGUCAAUACAUUGACUCCAUUGUUUCACAUUCACUUCUUCUUUUAAGAAAAAUAGUAGAAUAAGCAUUGUGUAGGAGUAGCUAUAGGUAAACAAACACACAAUGCUUUGACUUCUGCUUUUCAUGAAAAGUUGUCAUGGAAACCAGCGAGAAGUGUGGCGGGAAGAAAAAGGAGAAGUAAGUAAGUAGGGUAGGUAUAGAAACUCUGACCAGGUGCUUAAUAUAACACAACACAACAUAAUAAUAUACCACAACACAACAACAUUGGCUGUAGUGACCAUAACAUUGUGGCAAUAACAAGGAAAGCCAAAGUGACAAAGGUUGGACCAAAAAUAAUUUCUAAGAGAUCAUACAAAAUAUUUUCUCAGGACUCUUUUGUUGAAGAUGUUUAUGUUGGUCUGAUGUGUAUGAGGAAGUGAAUUCAGAUGCAGAACUGGAAGUAUUUGUGAAAUUAUUCAUGCAAAUUGUUGACAUGCAUGCAGCUAUUAAGAAAUUAACUGUGAUAACUGCAGAUACCUCUUUUUGAGGUCGUUUCAGGAAAAAAAAAAAAAAAAAAAAAAAAAAAAAAACUUUUGGGAUUUCGGUUUCAAAAAAGUGUAUUAUGAAUAAUGACGUUACAAUGAUUUUAGAGCUUUUUAAUGGAAAUUACAAAGCCAAAAAUAGCGAACAUUCAAUUGCCAAAACAUUGAAAAUAUCCCAUUGUCUCUGUCAGGUCCAUAUUGAGUAGACAUCAAUAGAAAAAUAGGAAAUGACUAUGAAAUAAUACAAUAUUUCAGUUGUGUAUAUUACUUACUUUUUAUUAUUUUUCAUUCCUUAAAUGAAUAAUCUCAUCUUUGCUCAGGCAAUAGCAGUCAGCAGGCCAGGCCAUCUAACGUUAUGUGGUCCCCAUACAGAACUUUCUUUAGUCAUCCUAUUUAGCUACCCUGCCUAAGUACAGUGCCUUCGGAAAGUAUUCAGACCCCUUGACUUUUUCCACAUUUUGUUACAUUACAGCAUUAUUCUGAAAUUGAUUUUUUUUUUAAAUGUCCUCAUCAAUCUACACACAAUACCCCAUAAUAACAAAGCAAAAACAGUUUUCUAGAUAUUUUUGCUAAUUUAUUAAAAAUAAAAAACGGAAAUAUCACAUUUGCAUGAGUGAUAUAUGAUGCUGCCACCUCCAUGCUUCACCGUAGGGAUGUUGCCAGGUUUCCUCCAGACGUGACGCUUUGGCAUUCGGGCCAAAGAGUUCAAUCUUGGUUUCAUCAGACCAGAAAAUAUUUUUUCUCAUGGUCUGAGAGUCUUUAGGAGCCUUUUGGCAAACUCCAAGCGGGCCGUCAUGUACCUUUUACUGAGGAGUGGCUUCCCUCUGACAUGCACUGUCAACUGUGGGACCUUAUAUAGACAGGAGGGUGUCUUUCCAAAUCAUUUCCAAUCAAUUGACUUACCACAGGUGGACUCUAAUCAAGUUGUAGAAACAUAUCAUGGAUGAUCAAAGGAAACAGGAUGCACCUGAGCUCAAUUUCGAGUCUCAUAGCAAAGGGUCUGAAUAUUUAUGUAAAUAAGGUAUUUCUGUUUUUUUCUAAACACCAGUUUCGCUUUGUCAUUAUGGGGUUUUGUUUGUAGAUUGCUGAGGAUUUUUAUUUAUGUCAUCUAUUUUAGAAUAAGGCUGUAACAUAACAAAAUGUGAAAAAAGUCAAGGGGUCUGAAUACUUUCUGAAGGCACUGUUUGCUGCAGAGCUGUCUGACUAAAUCAUUUUACUAGUUCUUCAAAGUAGAUAAGGUAUACUUUCUUUCACAAACUGUCUCUGUCCCUCUCGUUGUGUUUUGUACAUUCCUCAUUCAUGUGGUCUAUGUGGUCUGUGUGUAGCUAACUUAACUUAGCAGGCUUAAAAGUGUAUCCGUCCAGAGAUCUUUAUACAAUGACGAUGCCCUAACAAUGCGAGUCAUUGUCCCAAAGGUGGUAAGAAAGGUGAAAAGUUUAGGUCCAAAAUAAUCCCAUAGAAACUCACUGGGCUUAUUUUGGACAGAUUUUGGCGAGAGUGAAACCUCUUGCUUCGUCUCUUCCUCUCUGAUCUGUCUCUGAGCUCGAAAAAACUGCCGCAGUUAAUUACCACAUUUCUGCACUGAAUUAGAUUACAUAUUUGCUUAAUGAAAACUACAACUCCCUUCAGCCCAGCGUCCCACAUAGUUCUUAACUUAAUUUCUUCCGAUUUCUCUCAUUAAUUAUUUAAUUUCUCUCUAGAGAAAUGGCGUGUUGAGCUCACAAAAAAUGAACUAAAUUGAACUGACGUCGGUCAAUUAGUUGUUUAAUAACCCCCCCCCAAAAAAACAAAUGUUGGUUAAUCACUCAGCAAACCCACAAUACAAGGGGUCUCUACAGAGUCCCAAAGUCCAAAAUGAAUUCAUGGCAACGCACAGUAUUAUACAGAGCCAUGAUUACUCAAGCAAAAAGCUAAUUACCUUUAAAAACAGAUUAAACAACAUCUCAUGGAAUGACAGUGACUGUAUGGGAACACGCACACAAACACACUCUAACACACACAACAUUUUUUAGUUGCAUUGUUUGCAUUAUGCUUUAGUUGUUUGUAUAUCAUUGUAUUUUACAUUUGUCUGACUGUCCUUGUCUAUAAUACACCUUUCAAACCAAUACUUUGUUCCACCAACUUUAGCAUCCCGCCAACUUUGUUCUGCCUUUUCUCUAUGUCUGAAAGGUGUUGCCGGUAUCAAAGCAUAAACUUUUAUUUCCGCUAACCGGCCUAGUCAUGAUUGCGGUAAAGUUCUGCCUAUGGCUUAGUAUGAAAUGUAGCCGUAAUGCUGAGACGGCAUUGGCACGCAUUACACUCUUAAGGUCUUGAUGGUUGCUAGGCAGCGGCCAUUACUGCUAUCAUCCUUUCUAAACUUUGCGAGGCAUGUCACUUGACUUCACCCAUCUCUUCGCAUAGUCCACCACAUGCACUGUUUUCUUAACCACAACUGGAUGGAGCCAUAAAGAAUUACUGUGGGAAUAAACAUCACUGAAUGACACAAAUAUUGUAAUAAAGUAGUCUAAUGCAAUUGAAGGCAACAAAUUGUUGCUUACUGAAACUCCCAAAGUCAUCCAAUUGUUAUAAUACAUUUUAUUGAAGCAAUAGCCUACUGCGUGUGGUCAACAAUUUCAGCGCCGUUUCGGGCAGCUUUGAGACAAGAGUGGGGACUGGUCUUAAUAAUUCAAUUAAUGUCCGGUUUCUAUUUUCACUUAGUCUCCAUUUGGAUAUUGGUUAUAGGCUACAGUUAGGCUGUGGAAAUGUUAGCUAAGUUGAGGUGAGUGCUGCUCAUGAUCAUGUUGUCUAGUUGGCUCAUUUAUUAUCACUGAUCAGAACAUGUUGCCUGCAUGCUAAUGUAGUUAACAAGUGGAUUAUUUUGCUCUUCACUAAUGUUGCUUAGUAGCCUAGGCUUACUCCUGACAAAAAGCCUGUGACUUCUUAAUCAAUGGGAUUUUGUUUCACUGAAUCUCUGUGUUUAUAUGUGGUUAAUUCUCUGGCUGGGCAAAUAAGUGGAGGUGGUAUAGCUCAUCUAAUCGUUUUCUCAUCUAUCACUGAUCAGACACAUUUAGCAUGCAAUAAUGUAGCCUAAAUCAAGUGUAUUAUUUUGCUCGACCAUGUAUAGGCAACUCCAAAAGCCUGCAGAGGUUGAAAAAGAGAUGAAAUGUGGAUAUAUGACAGCGGUUCCACAUGUUCCUGUGACGGAAGCUGUGUGGCAAAAAUAUUAUUUGUAUUUUAUUCUGUUAUAGUCCAUUAUAUUCUUAGCCUACUAUAACAUAUAUUUGUUGACUGUCUGUUUAACGAACAAAAUAACUAUUGAUUUCAUGUGCAUGGCCAUGUAGCUUAUAGGCUCAAAAUAUGCUAUUCUGUUCUUUAGAAAAUGUAUUGUAUUAGUCUGUUUCAUAGGACUUGCCUAAACAAAUUAAUAAUGUAUUUCUUUGAUGGUGGUAUAUUCAAUGGGUUUAUUAAAAUAGGCGUCUACCCACAUCGGCUCACGACUACUCCCACUCCUAAACUUGCCAGCAUGUGAAUGGGAGAUAUAAAAUACUUCUCCUGGCAAGAACGUGGUAAAAAUAGGACUUUAUAAAUUGGCUUCUUAAAAACAUUGGCAGAUUUUUUUUUACAGGCAACGUCUUUCUGUAAAGGGUAUCAGUGUAUCAGUGUUUUGUUACUAGUCAUGUUAUUUUUUUAUUGUGGACCCCGGGAAGAGUAGCUGAUACUUCUGCAAAAGCUAAUGGGGAUCCAAAUAAAUAAACACAACACACAUAACAGUUCCCCUCAUUGCAGGUAGAGAUCAGUGGAGAUGGAGAAAGGUUAUCCCGGGGAUGGUCCUUCCGCCCCUUACCCAGGACCUCCCAUGAACUAUGGGGGGAUAACCACGGGCCAGGGCCCCCAGCCAGGCUUGUACACUCAGCCUCCAGGAGGAUACCCUGCCUCCCCUGGUCCUCCACAACCAGGGUUCCAGCUUGGUCCCUACCAGGGAGGUGAGUGUCUACUGGUUUAUACUGUACUUCAGAAGGCUGGAUUUACCGUAUACUCUGCGUGUGAGAACCAAGCAUUUUUUGAAAUUUUAAACCAAUUCCUCUAACUCUGGCUUAGAAUGUUUGUUUCUCAAUUAAUUUUUUUCUGCAUAAUCACCUAGAUCUUAGAGACGACAGGACACACAACAAAUGCUACUAAAAGACACAUUUGGGUCCAUGGAGAUUAAUUGAAAGUGCUCUAUCCCUUGUGGGAACUACUGUAGAUAUGAUACAAUCAGCCAAAGCCAAAUAAGAAUACACAACAAAAACAAACAGCUUGAUUUGUGGUUAUCUGUGUCUGUCUCUCCUGCUCUUUGGUUACACUGGUGGAGAAUGGAGACUUUGGAAAGUACCCUAUCCUUCAGUUCUCCGAAACCAUUCAAGCACUUAUAAAGUGAGAACAUACUGUUAAAAAAGUUAUCUUGAGUAUUCUUUCCCCUCCUUUGAAUUAUAUUGAUUGUGUUUUGGAUUACAUCACAGCAAACACUUACCUCCUUCAAGUACUAUUUUGCAACACCACUUUUCUUUGGAAACACUCCCCUUCAAUGUCAAUAAUGUGUGGGAAAACACUCAAACACCUACGCACACCAUAAAGCCUUGACUAUUAUAUUUAACUACGCACAUUCUAGUCAUGUAUUACAGUACAUGCUCUUAUCCAGACAUAUGUAAACAAGCUCAUAUCAAGAGCAGAACUAUCAUACAAUGGUGGAAAUGGGGGGAACCCAUUGGAACUGGAAAUGCGGGGUGGAACUCAUUGGAACUGGAAAUGGGGUGGAACCCAUUGGAACUGGAAAUGGGGUGGAACCCAUUGGAACUGGAAAUGGGGUGGAACCCAUUGGAACUGGAAAUGGGGUGGAACCCAUUGGAACUGGAAAUGGGGUGGAACCCAUUGGAACUGGAAAUGAACAUCACUGGGUGUGAAUUUUGUUGAUGAUACAGCGCAACUAUCUGAAUCAUGUGGGUUAACCCAGUUAAAGUGAUAGUUCAGCAAUGUUACAUAUUUAGACAAUUUGUUUCCUUACAUUGAAAGGAGUCUGAGCAAGCAACCUGUGACAAAAGACUGCUUUUGAGGUAAGAUAACAAGUACCUAAAUAAUGGCAAACCGCUAUGUAAAACUGCUGAACUAUCCCUUUAAUCAAGUCCAUUUCCAAUCAAUCAAUCAAUCAAAUGUAUUUAUAAAUCCCUUUUUACAUCAGCAGAUGUCACAAAGUGCUAUUUCAGAAACUCAGCCUAAAACCCCAAACAGCAAGCAAUGCAAAUGUAGAAGCACGGUUCCACCACCAGAUACAAUCUAACUCCACAGAGCAUGGUGGUAUAGUAACAACAUGUUCAUUGCAUUGUGACCACAUUGUGAUUGGGAUCUUACUCUCCUAUUCAAGGUCCCCAAGCAGGUGUGUACCCACCUCCACCACAGUACACCUCUGGACCAAGUGAUCCUGUGCCAGUCGGUGAGUUGACACUUCCACUUCCACCUCACACACACACGCACACACACACGCACACGCACACGCACACACACACAUUAUCAAAGGUUAAUUGGGGUUAAUAUGAGCUAAAUAAGGAACUUACUCGAAGAUUAACCCAAAUGCACAUGACAUGUUUGAACAACCAACUUGUGACCUGAGUAUAAUUAUUUCCCCGGAAUUGACCCAAACUGUGUGGGCAGUCUGAGCAGUGACUAUAUGUAUGGGCAGGUCCUGGACAGGAGCGGUGGGCGAGAACAGGAAUGAAUGGAAAGAAUAAAACAUUUUCCGGAAUGAGAAAGGAAUGUGAAAUACCGGAAAACAAGGUGACUCACAGAAUAUCUAUAAACUGUAUCUAAAGCUACUCUGGGAAACCAGGGGAUAUGAAGUUACAUAAUGUCUCAGUCAGAGCUACUCCAGGAAACCAGGGGAUAUGAAGUUACAUAAUGUCUCAGUCAGAGCUACUCCGGGAAACCAGGGGAUAUGAAGUUACAUAAUGUCUCAGUCAGAGCUACUCCAGGAAACCAGGGGAUAUGAAGUUACAUAAUGUCUUAGUCAAAGACUAGAAGGAGAAAAGUUCAGAAGGUAAAAUCUGUGCAUACAUUCACAAGAUAACAAGUCAAUGUUUCCAUCCAUGUUUUGGAUUAGGCUUUUCCUCUCUGGCUUCAUCCCAAAUGGAACCCAAUUCCCUAUAUAGUGGGCCUAUGGGCCCUGGUCAAAAGUAGUACACUAUAUAGGGAAUAGGGUGCCAUUUGAGACACAGCCUCUCUCACCCAUUUGGGUUGUGACCCUUCUCUUACACUGAUGUUAUUGUGCUGUGCCAGAGAGGUGAUUUGAUUUGGAGGCACUCUAAAAUGUGCAGCAGCCUGGUGGGAAUGAAUGGACUCUCUGAUCCUGGAUCAGAUUUUCUUCCUCAGCUCUCAGGCAGACUCGACUAGCCUGGUCCCAGAUCUGCAAUCUACAACUCCAUUGCUGUAAUUGUCACAAUGAGCACAAACAAGUCAGAGACCAGGCUAAGAUUCUACAGUAAACUGGUUCAAAGGAAACAUCAUUGUCUGCUGUGGAGAACUGUUUAGCAGAACAAAACAAUACCUGAGUAAAUAUUUAGUCUUUAGAAAGGGAAGGUUAUUUUAUUCUCUUUGGGCUAGUAUAAGGAAGUACAAUUCAACUGUGUGUGUGUGUGUGUGUUUGUGUGUGUGUGUGUCUGCACGUGCGCGUGUGUGUGUGUGUGCGUGCACACGUGUGUGUAGAAAGUUUAUAAAGUGCAGUUGUACUCAGCAGACCACCAGGUGUCAGUAUUUCUGUCUUUCUGGAUAAGUUGAAUUAAGUUGUUUUCAUGAUCCACUAAAUAGUUCCUUUUACAUUACACUCUUCAAUUACACUACAAUCCGUGUCACAUCGGUGCCCCCUUCAAAGUCGUAAAGAAUGAUGGAAGGAAAGUGAGAGAUAGACAAAAGACAUGGGAAGAGGCAAGAAAAUGUUUUGAGUGUCCAAAGAAAGAUGGACAGAAUAAGGAAAGCAUAAAAGAUUGGGAAAUGUUAAGAAAAAAAAUAAGGGAAAAAAUUGAACUUGGUGGGGAACUUGGUUACCUUGUGUGACUCUCUCCUCAUUGACCCAUGUAAUAAUUAUUCUUAACCUUGUGUCUCUCUCUCUCCUCAGUGACCCAUGUAAUAAUGACUCCUAGCCUGAAGGAGGUUGGAGGUUUGACCAUGUGUCCCCACUGCCAGCAGACCGUGGUCACCAAGACAGAAACCAACCCUGGCCUGCUCACCUGGCUCAUCUGUGGUGGCCUCUUCAUCGUCGGGUGAGAGAAAUCAUCCUCUAAUGCUAUGCUGUAGUAUAGCUGUGUAUAUGACCGACUGGGGUACGAAACCCGGGUCACAUGUGCACUACACAACAGUGUUAGCCCUCUGAGCUAAAGCCUAGUUGUGCACUAGGGAAUAUGGAAAGUAGGGUUCAAACCCAGGUCUUCUGUGCAUGACACGCCAGUGUUAGCCCUCUCAGCUAAAGCCUAUAGGCAUACCUUUAAUUUGUGCAUUAUGGAAUAGGGUACCAUUUUGGACGGAGACAAUUAAUUAAUUCCACUGUUUAACCCUGUAGGUGCUGGCUAUGCUGCGUCAUCCCGUUCUGUGUAGAAUCAUGUAAAGACGUGGAGCACAGCUGUCCCACCUGCAACAAAAUCAUCUACGUCUACAAACGCAUUUGAUAUUAACUUGACCUGACGUCACUGUACUACCUUUAUCUGAAGGACUUGGACAUGGCACUUGAAUCAAAUCAACAUUUCUGUAAAUGUAUGAGGGUCGUAUUCAUUAGGGUAUGUGAUGUUUUAAAAUGUUUUACAACGAAGAAACAAAGAAACAAAAACAAAUAUUUCUCAUUGUCCAGGUAGUCCCUCCCUUUUUCAGUCCAUUUUCUUCCAUUUGGUGCCUAAUGAAUACGACCCAGGUGUAGCCAAAAGGGUUAUAUCUAUCCUGUAUAGUCCCUGAGCA